AUAAGUCCUUAUUGUUAUUAGAUAUGAUUAAAGUGUAAUAGAAAUGGGGAAACAUAUGAGAUUAGCAUUCUCCUUUUUGUCUUCUGAAAUCUUAUUUGAAUGUCUUAUUGAUGUCAUUACAGCUUCACCUUUGACAUUCUUGAAGAAUCACACUAGAAAGAAAAGGGUGAAAAACACACCUUGUCACUGAGUAGCACAUCAGCUGCAACAACCGAUUCACUUGGUCAUAUAUCGUUCUUAGAAGGUUAUUAGGCACUUGUGGUGCAAUUGUGGAAGGUUUGUUCUGUCCCAAGCAUUUAGACUAUCUUUAGAGCUGGAGCCCUCUCUUGAAACAAUGGAUUUCACUCACUUUUUCAGUGGUAGCGUGAUGCACUAUCAAUGGAGGUGUUGCCUGGCUCAAGUUCCUCUUACCAGAACCCACAAACAGUGACUACUGUAUAAAUAAGUUGUCCGCGUAUCAUUAUAAAGCACACUUUCUUAUUUACAAGAAAAAGUGUUUACACCAGAAUUGACAAUUUUUGUUAUGAUGCUACAUGAUGAUGAAGAUGACUUAAGAGGGCGCAGCAGAAGAAAAAUUAUAAAUCUUUUUUUCUUUU